AUGGAUGUAAACAAAAUCGAAGAGAGGCAGCCACCAGAAGAGUCCAAUAAAAUAAAAGUUGUCCUGAGCAAGAACGAAGAUAAAAAUGACAUCCAACAAUCACAACAACAAAAUGUUGAGCCGAAUGCUACCAUCCCAUCAGCAAAUUCACACAUGAACGAUUCUCUCCUUCCAGUUCUCUCUCUUCCUUCUCCUGUUCAACAGCAGCAGCAGCAAGAUCAUCACAGAAAGAGAAAAGCAGAGCAUAGUUCAUCGUCCUCACAUACAUCUCAUUCUAGAAAUCGUUUGCAGCUGGACAGAAGGUUGCAUGAGAGGCCCGAACAAAAUUUGAACCAGCAACAAAAACGUGCAAACCAUGAUGAGAUCACCCACAAACAACAUUUCUUCACCCCAGUCGUCGGAAAACUGAUCAGGCGAGCCGAAGUUGCAUCAAUCGGCUCGCCUCUUUUUGAAAUUCAACAAAACCAGCAACAUCAGACACAAAAUCUACUGGAACACCAGAAACAGCAACAACAACAUCAGACGCAACAACAACACAAGAAACAAGACCGACGUCAACCACAUCCGAACCAACAACCCAACACUCCAGAAAAGGGAGGCGAAUAA